AUGACCAACGCCGUCUACCCCACCGCCCACACGACUCAGGUCUCCAACCCUCGUCUCCGACUCCUCAACCAACUCAAGUCGGGGCAGAAGGGCGUAAUGACCUUCAUGGCCAUCCCGUCCAUCGAUAGAGCUGACUCCCAGGCCGUCAUCAUUGACUGCGAACAUGGCCACAUUGGUGACGACUCGAUGCACAACGCCGUCGCUGCCAUCUCGGCACUGGGGGUUAGUCCUCUUAUUCGAGUCAGGGCCACGGCACCCGACCUCCUCAAACGCGCUCUCGACACUGAGGCUGCCCAAGUUGUCGCCUACUCCAAGUUUCCUCCACAGGGCCUCCGCGGUCAGGGCUCCGCCUUCCCAGCCAUCGGACACGGUCUUACAACCCCCGAGUACAUGCAGAGUGCCAACCAGACUAUCCUCACCAUCGUUCAAAUCGAAACUCGCCAGGGCGUCGAGAACGUGGAGGAGAUUGCCGCCGUGGACGGCAUCGACUUCCUCUUUAUUGGCCCGAAUGACCUUGCCCAGUCGUUGUUGGGAUACACACCUGCCCGAGGAGACGAGCCGGUCUUUGUUAACGCCAUUAACCGCAUCGAGGCCGCCGCGAGGAGGCACGGCAAGUGGUUUGGUCGCCUGGUGAAUGACGGUUCUUUGGCCAAGCAGGCCUUCAAGACCUUCGACGCUGUGGCGAUCACUGGUGACACCAAGGCUAUCACAAACUGGUACACUGCGGAGAUUAAGGAGGCUAGGUCGUAG